GGUGGGGCCUGGCUCUGGUCACUGACCGGAGACUCUCCUGGAUUUGAUUCGGCUGUGAUCCGACCGCAUGUCUGACCCAGGGGUCCGUCUGCUGCCGGGAGCGAGCUGCACUCAUCCCCCGUCACAUGUGACAGAUGGAUGCGGGGCCAUCGUCGCGCUGCAGGAGGAUGAAAGCGUCGAGCUUCUUCUAGGCUGGUAACGGGAGCAGCCGCUCGGCCCUUUCUUUAUUAUAGGGACGAGUCAUCCGCGGUUCGCGAUGUGAAGAUCGACCGAUAAUUCUCAUCUCGCGAUCCUGACGAAUAAUUAUGAACAACGCGCAGGAUAUGUCGCCGGAUUUCGUGUUGAUGCGCCUGGUGUCCGCGGCGGAGGAUGACCGCCUGGACGCGGAGAACGGGAACGUGCCGCCGGGAGGAGUGGUGCCGGGGCUGGGGAAGGAGGUCCUGGCUCACAGCGGCGUCAAGGCGGGUUUGGAUAUAAGCCGAGAUCCGACGGCGGGCGUCGAGCAUCCCGGGGGCCGCCUGAACAAAGGCCCGUUGAGCGGGGAGGGCACGGCUGCACCUGACAGCGGGCUGCCGGAGAGCAGAGCCCCGCUGUCCGCGCCUCCUCCGCCGCAGAGCCCCAUGGAGGCCCAGGGCUUCGACUUCGCUCCCAGCCCCGGCCUCCGGCCUCAGCUGCUGGUCUUCUCCAACAUAAUGCGGAACGAGGAGGGGAUUCUAGAAUUGGACCGACGGAAUCAGCCGAGGGAUGCGGUGGGUCUGGAGCCGAGCCCGGGCUCCGGCUGCUCCGGCCCGGCUGUCAACAACAACAGUCCCGGGGACUCGCAGCAGGAGCGGAUCUCCGUGUCCGCGGACAUGCAGGGAGCCGCGGAGCUGUGCCGCCGGCAUCGGCUCAUCUCCAGCCCGCCCGAGUGGCCCUUGUUGUCGGAGAGAUCCAACCCUCUCACCGUGAUCGAGUCCAAAUGGGGCUGCGCCUCCAGGGACCGGGAGGGAGCCGUGUUCGAGCUGGCCCGGCGGUUCGGGGAGUUGGGGGUCGGCGCGGUCCCCAAGAUGCUGUUUAAAGCCGGGGAGCUCCCGCAGUGCUCGUGUCAGGGUGCCCACGGGCCGGGGGGAGGGCGAGUGGAACCCGGGGAUGACCCCACCGAGACCAGCGAUGCUCUGCUGGUGCUGGAGGGGCUGGGGAGCGGGGAUGUGGCCGGCCUGGGCAUGGAGCAGUGCCCGGAGGACGACACGGACGACGAGACCGGACGCCGCGAGUUUCUACUCAACAGGAAAAGGGAAAUAGUUCAGAAGAUGUCCGGGGCUUUCUCCAUCAGCAGCUUCCAGGCGGAGCUGCGGCGGCAGGUGGAGGUUCUGGCCCCGGCGGCGGCGGCCCAGGUGUGCAGCCUCCACGGGAGCGCGGCCGGCCGCCUGGCGCAGGUCAGCUCCGGGGACUCCGAGGUCGUGGCGCAGGUUUCAGCUAUGUCCCCGUCCCCCACCCCGCUCCAGAACUCCCCCUGGGCCGCGAGUCCGAACCUGAGCCUGGCGUCAACCCCCAGGAGGCGGCCGGAGCGGUGCGCCAGCGCGCCGCGGACCCCCACGGGCCGGGCGGCAGGGGCGGACAAGAGCCUGAAAGUCCCGGGCAAGUCCAAAAAGGGCUCGUUAAAGAUCCGCCUGAGCAAACUGUUCCGGACUAAAAGCUGCAGCGGCUCCAACCACCUGCUGGACAAGAGGCCCUCGGUCACAUACUCGGUGUCCUCCGCCGGGAGCCUGGUGGACAUGGCGAGCUCUGCUGGAGCUGAGCAGGACGCAGACAGCCACCACCAGCCCAGACUGACCAGGGCCCACAGUGCCUUCUCCCCCGCCUCCCUCUCCGCCUCCCUCUCUGCUUUCACUGGUGAGACUGUUUCUCUGGUGGACGUGGACAUUUCUCGGCGAGGGGCGAACACGCCACACCCCCCCACGCCGCCCCCUCCUCCACGCCGAAGUCUCAGUCUGCUAGAUGACAUAGCCGGGCCUCAGCCUGGCCCUUUCCUAGUUAUGGGCGCCUCCCUGCAGUCCCUCCCCCUGCCUCUCCCUCCUCCUCCUCCUCCCUCCCACGCCACCAUCCAGCACAGUCUCAGCCUCAAUGACGCCUUCCUCCGGGCCCUCCCUCACUCGACCCCAUCGCCUGUGGACGCGUUACCCCCGUCCAGACAGGCUCCGCCCCCGAUGCUCUGUGCACUGCGGCGCUCUGAGGCCAGCAACUUCACCGCCAGUCUGAGGGAGCUGGAGAAGUGCGGGUGGUACUGGGGUCCGAUGAACUGGGAGGACGCAGAGAUGAAGCUGAAGGGGAAACCGGACGGGUCCUUCCUGGUCCGAGACAGUUCGGACCCCCGAUACAUCCUGAGCCUCAGCUUCAGGUCGCAGGGGGUCACGCACCACACCCGCAUGGAGCACUACAGAGGCACAUUCAGCUUGUGGUGUCACCCCAAGUUUGAGGACCGCUGCCACUCGGUGGUGGAGUUCAUCGAGCGAGCCAUCAUGCACUCCAAGAACGGAAAGUUCCUCUACUUCCUGCGCUCCAGAGUCCCAGGGCUUCCUCCCACUCCAGUUCAGCUGCUCUAUCCCGUAUCUCGCUUCAGCAACGUGAAGUCACUACAGCACCUCUGUCGCUUCUGCAUCCGGCAGAUCGUUCGCAUCGACCACAUCCAGGAGCUUCCACUGCCCAGACCUCUCAUCUCCUACUUGAGUAAGUUUUAUUACUACGACCCGGAGGAGGAGAUGUACGUGUCCAUCAAGAACAUCCAGAGGGUCGUGGGAGCAGCGCAGGAGGCGGAGUCACAGACGUAGCAUCAGAGAUCUUCUCAGCUCAAGUUUCUGUGUGGAGGACUGAUCUGAACUGGUCUUCCAGCAUCAGCCGAUCCCAGUCCCUGAAAAUCUCUGUGUCCGGUUGGACGGGGACAGAACCGCCUCUCUGUUGAUUUGGACUAAUGAAAGGAGGGACAGUGUUUCCAGACUGAGGUUGUGCCGCUGCAGAGGACUCGUCCUCUGAGGGACGGCAGAGACGCUCUCGCCUGCGGACACGUCGGUGGAAACGAAAAGGAAAUUUUGAACUUGAUUUGCAAAUUUCCCCGAAACCUGCUGAACUGGACUGAAAACACAAAUGCACUGGUCAGUUUUUACAACUGUUGUUUGCUGCCGUUUUCUCGUUUUUCCUUCCAUUCUGUCAAGAUGAGUGAUUCUGGAUGAAGCGUCGCCCGCUGGAUGGAUUCACACACACGAGGCAGGGCCGCGCUCGACCACCGCCCCGCUCGACCACCGCGCUCGACCACCGCCGAGCACGGGGCGUAGAGAUGGAGCCGGAGAGAAAUUAGUCAAAAUCAAGUUUCAAUUGUUAGCAAAAAUACUACAGCUAGCAAAAUGACAUGAUGGAUUAGAUUAAAUCAGAAGUUUAUUCUGCUUGUGACACCAGCCGACCCUGACAGAUGUGAUGAACUCUUCAUAACUCAAACUAAAAUACGACAAAUUAAAAAUCAUUAUUUAUUCAAGUCCACUUCACCCUUGUCUCCUAAACACUAAGGCUUCAUCCACACUUAGAAACACAUCCACCCUGCUACAGAUUCCUCUGGCGUCCACACUGCUCCGGAGUUCUAGAGCCGGUUUUAGUUUGAAAACUGUGAACGGAUGAAAUGCUCGUUCACUCCCAGGUGAACUGACUCGGUAGCAGACAGAGGUUCUAUCUGUGUGAGUCUGAGCUGGGUGGGUUCUACCUUCAGAACCUUCUGUGUCACUGGAGAACCCUUCAGUCUGCUAGCAGCCGUUUACACGUUUAACAGCACCUCCAAUCCUUAUUCUUUUAAAGAAUUCGUUUUGUUAAUAAUAAUAAUUAUAGAUGGAGGUAUUUAACCUGACACCACCAGAGAGAGACACUUGAUUUCUGAGGAAUUCUUUCUAAACGUUUAACUCCACAGUCAACAGGAAACACUAAAAUUCACUUUAUAUGAAAAACUAUGUUUUUAACAGAGCUACAGUGGCUUAGAGCAGAUUUAUCUUUUACAGCGUCACAGCUCAUUGGGACCGAAGGCGGGAGGAUGAAGGACUUGUGUAAAUAAACAUCAGAUCUAUGAUGAGACAUUGGUUUGAAUUUGGAGUCGAUGCAUCGGGAGGUUGAUGCCUGGUUUCUGAUGCCCUGCCUCAUGACGUGUGUCCGUCCGCUCGCCGCUCUCCACCUCUUCUCUCUGUGGAGACGCCCAGGUGUGUUCUGUUCACUCUGUUUCUCAGUUACCUGAAGCUGCAGCGACCCGCUCAGCGUUUUCAGUAAAAAAGAAAGAGAAGAAAAAGACAAAUAAACGU